AUGCCGGGGCUUGUGCACAAAAGCUCUCAAUUAGGCAAUGCGGCGGCGGCGGCGGCGGCGGCGCUGUGCUUGCCUUCGGCGGCCGCCAUUGGACCGACGUCGUCGAAUGGAAUCUGGUCCAAACAUCGGGACGACAUAAGUUUCGAUCAGCUGCAAAAGGUACUUGCCGAUUCCGGAUGUUUGCACCCCUACGCCUCCUCGUCGUCUUUAGUAUCCCUUCUCCCUUAUGUCCGUUCAAACACGUGGGAGCGCAGAUUGAAUUGUGUCUUGGGUUGGAGAUGCGAAGUGUAAUCACAUGGAAGCUAUUCGCCAAUGCUUUAUGAUUAAUACGAUUUCAUUCCGAUAGUAUUUCUUUACACUGUGAUAUGUAGAUGUAUGAAUGUGAUCCAGAAAAAAAAUUGGCGUCACAAGAAAAUUAUUUCAUUUUUCAAACCGACAAUUCACAAUCACACGCAACUGGGAGUUUCUUGGCCAAUUCGCCGUCUAAUUUAUCAAUAUUUUCUCUUGUUUGCUACUUAUAUGCAUCAAACAACGUAAACAGAGCCGACGCUAUGGGAUAGCUCAUUAAUGUGAUGCCUCUCUGUAUUUCUCCUUAUCACCCGGCCUACUGCAAUUUUUUAACUCGUCAUUCAUUAUUUUCUUGAUGAAUAGGCCAUUCAAGAAAUGAAUCGCAACCGUUUUGGUCUUAGUGGAUGGAAUACAUUUACAAUCUUCUGUUUUAAUUCUAUGGUGGAAUUUAUAUGCCACAACAUUUCAGAAUCUGUUGUGGAAGAUCAUCUGCUGAAGACCUCAUGUGGCACUUCUAGUUGUUCUUGAUUAUUGUCCCUUUUUUUUUGCUAUGGAAUUCUCAGAUAUGGCAAUGCCUAAUUUAUACUUAAUGUUUUGACUAGUUUUGGAACGAUUUGCCUCCUCACUCGCGGCGCAAUCUUCUGAGAAUAGACAAGCAAACACUGUUUGAGCAAGCUCGAAAGAACCUUUAUUGUUCUAGGUGCAAUGGGCUGCUUCUAGAAGGCUUUUCGCAACUUGUUCUGUAUGGUAAAUCAUUGCAGCAAGACGGUGGUGGCAUUAAUCCUUCAAAUAGAACGGGAGCAGAGAAAAGCCACAUUUGCCAGGAGUCUGAUGAUUUGCAAGAUCCAUCUCUCCAUCCUUGGGGAGGGUUGGUGGGUACUCGAGAUGGGAUGCUGACACUUUCGGACAGCUUUAUUGAUGGGAAUUCACUCCGGCCACUGCAAAAUGUAUGUUGGAAGUAUUCUCUAGAGAUUCAUCUCAUUUUUCUGCUGAAAAAUACUGAUUUUUUCUAAGUGAAAAGUAUGCUUUCUUUGCGUAGCCUGGUCUAACUCACUAACUUUUUUUUCAUUCUACCAUUGGGUUUAAUGUUAAUAGAUAUUUUUUCGACUUCCUAUUGCUACUAGAUAUCACAUUUAUCUUGAAAAAUUAUCUUUAGAUCUACCUUAUUGGAAAUUAAAUUCUUAAAAUAGACUAGAUGUAAUUUUACGCCCAAACAUGCUGUUUAGUUUCUUCAGACAAAGGUACCUUUUCAGCAUUUUUCAUUCUGUGUUAUUCGCCUUAACUACAUUAUUUUAUCAGGUUUUUGACAGUGCACGUGCUAGAGAACGUGAGCGUGAACUACUUUAUCCUGACGCUUGUGGCGGAGGAGGUCGUGGGUGGAUCAGCCAGGGUGUGGCUAUUUAUGGCAGAGGGCAUGGGACAAGAGAAACAUGUGCUCUGCAUACUGCUAGGCUCUCUUGUGAUACAUUGGUCGAUUUUUGGUCAGCUCUGGGUGACGAAACUCGAUUGUCUCUCUUACGCAUGAAAGAGGAGGAUUUCAUUGAGAGACUCAUGUUCAGGUUUGUUCUUUAGUUCUUCCAGUGCUGAACUUCGUUUGUUGGAAUUUUUUUUUUCAUAUGAUGGGCUUCUAGUUGCAUUCGAGUUGCUCUUGUGUGAGAUGUGUUGCUUUCAUUUCAGAUAAUUCUAUUUCUGGAAUUGAGUGCGAUGACUCUUUCGGUUUAACAUCUCUCCUUUAUUGUUGGGUCAUUUGCAUGUGGUCUGUGUUUUGAUCCAGUUAUAGAAAUAUGUAGUCUGAAGAGCACAAAAGAACAUCAUGCCUUCUCAAUGUUUGAAUAGUUGGAAAAUAGCAAUAUUAAUGAAAUCCUAUGCAAAAUUGUGAGUUCGUGUUUAGAAUAUGUCUGUAAAUAAGAAAGAAGGCUGUGACUUCUAUGUCAAUGAAAUGUGAGAUUAAGGAAGGCGAAUAGUUCUCUUGCAUGAAAUCUGAGGAAAAUUGUGAAUAAAAUGUAUAAUAAUCGGGGCAUAGUUCCUAAGCUUGUUAUUUCAUUACAGGACCAGAAUCUUGGGAAGGCUAGGUUGUUUUGGUAGCAUCUCAUGAAAUUAAAAUACAAGUCGACUUGAAAAGUACUUGAUAUGUUUCGACAAGAGAUGCCCACAAAAUUUAUGAAGCAUUUCUUUUUUUCAAAUUAAAGUUCUUAAUUUGAUUUUGUGACAUGAUCGAUGUGCUGCGUGAUGAGAUGGAAUUAGAGUUCCAUAUUGUUUGACUUUUUAUCCAAGAUAUGUUCCGUGAUAGGAUGGAAUAUAUCCAUCUGAAAUAGUGUUCUACUGUUUCUGGUUGGUAACUACUCUGGUUGGGAUACUGCUACAACUUUUUAUAUCAAUAAAAAUUCAUUGACAUUUUUUAAAAUUUCAAUUUUCAUGUUACAGGUUUGACAGCAAGAGAUUUUGCCGAGAUUGCAGGAGGAAUGUUAUCCGUGAGUUCAAGGAGCUGAAGGAACUAAAGCGAAUGAGAAAGGAACCCCGCUGCACCAGUUGGUUUUGUGUUGCAGAUACAUCCUUCCAAUAUGAGGUUCAUUGUGCCAUCCUCUCAGCAGUUCUUUAGUGCUUAGGAUUUAGUAUUUCUUGAGGUUGCUACACUUAUUUCAUGGAAUAUGUCUGAUUUUUUAUGCAUGACGCUUAAACAGUUAGAACAUGAUCUCAGGUAUCCGAUGGCACCGUCCAGGUUGACUGGCAUCAAUCCUUCAAAGAAACGCCUGGAAUAUAUCAUCAUUUUGAAUGGGCUAUUGGUACAGCUGAAGGGAAGUCUGAUAUUCUAGAUUUUGAAGAUGUUGGUAUGAAGGGGAAAGUUCAGGUCCACGGCCUUGAUCUCAGUGGCCUGAGUGCCUGUUUUAUAACAUUGAGGGCUUGGAGGUUAGAUGGUCGGUGCACUGAGCUCACUGUAAAGGCACAUGGGUUGAAGGGACAGCCAUGUGUCCACCGUAGGCUUGUAGUGGGUGAUGGAUAUGUAACAAUAACAAAAGGAGAAAAUAUUAGAAGAUUCUUUGAGCAUGCUGAAGAGGUGGAGGAAGAAGAGGUGACUUUAUUGCACACACUAUACUAGUUUUACUUCAUAAAAGUUAUAGUCUGAUCUUCAUGAUCUUCUGUUGUGUUCUUCAUUUUGAAAUCUAGGAUGACGACUCUAUUGACAAAGAUGGAAGUGAUUUGGAUGGUGAUGGAUCACGUCCACAGAAGCAUGCCAAGAGUCCAGAACUUGCACGUGAAUUUCUUCUUGAUGCUGCGACAGUUAUUUUCAAAGAACAGGCAUGCGCCAUCAACUAAUGCUCUUGUAGUUACACCCGUUGUCUUUCCCGUAUCUGCUAGUUUAUAGAGGACACUUUAACAAUUAACUAGCGCAUCUAUCUCCCAUCCAACUGGAGCGCUCUUGCCAAUGAAAAUGUGGUCAGUAAUCAUCACUAUUUACCUGGCCAUAGUAAAUGGAAAAAGGCUUUUUCUGAGUAUCAUCUUUUGGUCUUCGAUUCAUAUGCUAAUCUAGUAAGCUUCCCCACAUCUUGGAGGCUUCCUGCACAAGUCAUAUGCCAUAGUGUGGCUUUUUGUGUGUACUAGCCGUAUUGCACAUGCCUGGCAUUGGUCAUAUGUGGAAUGGUAAUCAAUGUGACCAUGAUUGAUGAUUUGCCCCUCCUAUUUUCAGCUAGAACCUGGUCUUUUAGGAAAGUGCAAAUGACCAACCUGGUUAGAUGUCGGGAAUUCACACAUUUAUCUUGGUUCCAAUGAGUCUGGACUUGUAAUCCAAAAAUAAGAGUCUGGAGGGAAAUAGGACUCAAGUCUCGAUUUAUCAGGCAUGAACUUAGUUUUCUGGGCCUUUAAUUUACAAUAGGUUAGAGUCGGGUGAAAUAUGCAUAAAAACCAAUAGUACAACUGAUGUGUAUGAACGAAUAAAUCUGCAAGUUUUGUGAUGGACAUGUGCAUUUAAUUUUGGGUACUUGUGUAGGAGUAUGGCUCACAGAAUCUUAGCGUUAUAUGUUGCCUUUGUUUGAAGGUUUUUUGAGGUCUCAUGGAAUAUAUGUGGAUCGCUCCCUUUCUUUUUGUUUUUUUAACGAAUCCCCACCAACAAUCACUUGGUCAUUUUCUGUGGUGAGCCAAGGUUAGAUAGCUUGCAGAGAAAGGUUCCCUGUGAAAGGCUACUUUCAACGGGGGUGUGCUGACAUAUUCGCCUCAUCUUUCAUGACUUCACAUGGAUCUGCUUAUUCUAUGUGCUCACUUAUCGGAAUAGUUGAAAUUAUCGCACAUAAUUGCUAACCAGUAGAGUUCAUGGCAUCUGAACAGAAAAACUGUCUUCAACUCAAAGCCAGCAAUGGAUCUCCGAGUCUCUGAACCUGCUCUCAUGCCGUAAAAUUUCAUCCUACUGAACAUCCUAACUCUGAUAUGCUAGAACCUUGAUAUACAUCUUCCAAGGUCAAUGCUUCUCUGUCCCUUCAUUCUACGUACUGUGAAGACACACUACAACGAUAUGCCAUUAUCAUCAUUAAUUUAAUCGCAGAUUCAUGACCCACUCAAUUAUAUCAUCUGGGCCCUUGUAAAUUCUCGUCCAACUUUCGUGGAAUCAAUCACUUUAUAGAUUGCCCUCUAAAUGCUGAAACUUAGCUUGGGUUCAAUUUUAUUUAUCUUCUAGUAGCAUGUAUUUUGUGUAUUUUUUUUUUAAAUUUUUUCGUGUGCCUUAUUAACAUUUAUUUAUUGGCACCUCCAUCCUUGAAUCUGUUACCGGUCUCUCAUCUGGAUAAGCUUAAGCUCUUAUCCUUUGAAUAAAAGUAUGGUGUCACUUGUUGCAGGUUGAAAAAGCUUUCAGGGAAGGCACUGCCCGGCAAAAUGCUCACAGCACAUUUGUUUGCCUUGCUCUCAAACUGUUGGAAGAACGUGUUCAUGUUGCCUGCAAAGAAAUCGUCACCCUUGAAAAACAGGUGGAUGAUGCUAGAUACGACUCUUUUCGGUUGCACUAUUAUCUUCGGAUUCAUCGAUCUGCCCCCUGCGCCUGCUUGACAUUUUUUUUUCUUUUAUCCAUGUGCAUUACAGAUCAGGCUUCUUGAAGAAGAAGAGCGAGAGAAACGAGAAGAAGAGGAACGCAAAGAGAGACGGAGAGCAAAAGAGAGAGAGAAGAAGCUGAGGAGAAAGGAAAGACUAAAGGUGAAGGAGAUGGAAAGAGAGAUAAAGAACACCGAGUCAAAGUCGCUCCCCCCCGCCCUCCUGUCAACAUCAUCGAACGAAUUAUGCAGAAGUAAUGUCAACGAGGCGCCCAUCACCCUCGACUCCGAGGACUCGGUUGGAGACACGGGAGAUUUGAUCCUAUACAGCCCAUCUGCAUAUGCCAACUCAGAGGUCGAUGCCAGGGACGAUGCCGAUUCCUUCAUACUCGAGCAGCCAAAGUCUUCCUCACGGAAACUGAGAUUCAAGAGUUCCCCGCCAGAGACAGCUCACAGGCGCCCACACACCAUGGCCAGCUGCGAUGACCGCGAGAAAAUCUCAAAUGGGCACGCAUUGACUUCCUCUAGAUUCAUGAAUGGAAAGCACAGGCAGUUUUCAGCCAAUGGGUCAAAGCCAAAUCCAAGAGACGGCGGGUCAAAGUUCAGCGACAAGCUCCACUCCAACGGCAGAGUCCAUGACAGAUGUGACUUCCACUCCUGUGCUUGCGGCCACAAUGGGGACUACAGGGCGAAGGAAGGCCAUUAUAUCCCCACCAUCAGAUCAGGCCGGGAGGUCAAGAUUGUGAACAAAACAGAGGCUUUCGAACCAGUGGCGCCCCCUCAUCGGAUUGCCAAAUAUGGGCACGGAUGCUUUGCGCUGGAUAGUUUCCCCUCUUCUGCCGGAAGCGUUCCCGCCGGCGUCGGCCAUCUUCGGAGAGGCAAGAUUCACCAGAUGAAGCAGGUCUGGGAGCCGGCGGACCCUCGAAAGAAGUGCUCCAGGGGGCACUCUGAUCACGACGGCUCCUCCCAGCCAGCAGCCGAAGCCCGAUCCGAAGCGGCUGAAAACGGAUGUGAGAAGAAGGCUCCCACUGCUGUGCUUCAAGAACCAGGCGACUGUUGCUACUUCGACGUCCCCAUGGAUUCAGAUAAACCGGAGGCCUUGGGUGGUUCUCACCAGUGCCAGGAAGCGGCGAAAUCCCACUACUAUUCAAAGGAUGCCGCCGGCGACGAGGAGGCUAAUUCUGAUCCGCUGACGGCCUCGUCCAGCUCUGAUAAUUGCUCUUCCUGUCUCAGCGAAGGCGGGGACAGCACCACGACCUCCUCCAGCGCCCACAACGCGGAGUCUUCGUCCAUCUCCGACUCAGAGGACCCCGCAGGCCAGCCACUGGAAGUAGCAGGAGCAGGAGGAGGAAGAGGAGGAGAAAUCACCCCCAACAAGCUGCGACAGGACCCGCCCGCGGAUGCCAAUGGAUUAGCCUCGGGCGGCUGCAAAGCGAGCAGCUUUCCGAGGGAGGACCCGCCCGUCUACGGCGAGUUUCCUCGGCGGCGCCACCUGCUGCCGCUGCAUAGCCCCCCGCAGCUGCAUGUGCCGGUAUUCCCCAUGCCGGCGGUGGGAUUCCACACUCAGAGCCCCGCCGCUGCUUGGGCGGCCCCCGUGCCGGCCAACCGGCUGGUUCCGCUGCCGCAGCCGCACCAGUUCAUGUUCCCCCAUCCUCUCGGCUACGGCCUGGCGGCGAAUCCGCCGCCGGACUUCUGCAACGCCCUCCCGCAGCCGGCCGCCCCAUUGCUCCACCCGGGCCAUUUCCCCUCCUUCAAGGCCGUCCACUCGGGCCCUCUUAACGAGCCGCAGCAGCUCACCGGAGGGAAGGAGGAGCCGGCCAAGUCCCCGUCGUUCUCUCUGUUUCACUUCGGCGGCCCCAUGGCGAUGGCUCCCGAGGUGGAAGGCCCCGGUGAAGGCGGCGGUGGCGCCGCCAUUGGCCCGGCGGAGCGGCGGAGCGAGCUCGACUGCAGCAGGACGGAGGCGGAGGUCGAGUACAGCCUGUUCUCGUCGACCAACGGCGUCAGAUUCUCCUUCCUUCGGUGA